AUGACUUCUUUCUUUCUUCCUUUCUUUCUUUCUUUCUUUCUUUCUUUCAUAUUCUUUCUUUCUUUCAUAAUCAUUUUCUUUCUUUCUUUCUUUCUUUUCUUUUUUCAUAUUCUUUCUUUCUUUCAUAAUCAUUUUCUUUCUUUCUUUUCUUUCUUUCUUUCAUAUUCUUUUCUUUCUUUCAUAAUCAUUUUCUUUCUUUCUUUUCUUUUUCUUUUCUUUCAUAUUCUUUCUUUCUUUCUUUCUUUCAUAUUCUUUCUUUCUUUCCAUAAUCAUUUUCUUUCUUUCUUUCUUUUCUUUCUUUCAUAUUCUUUCUUUUCUUUCAUAAUCAUUUUCUUUUCUUUCUUUCUUUCUUUCAUAUUCUUUCUUUCUUUCAUAAUCAUUUUCUUUCUUUUCUUUCUUUCUUUCUUUCUUCCAUAUUCUUUCUUUCUUCUUUCUUUCAUAUUCUUUCUUUCUUUCAUAAUCAUUUUCUUUCUUUCUUUCUUUCUUUCAUAA